AUGGCAACAAACAGCGCAGCCGGCAACGGCGCAAUCCAAUCCCCCUCCUUCUCUCCCACCGCCAACCCAACCUUCGCUUCCCAAGGCCAACAACCCCCCUUAACCAGCAAAGACGCCCCCGUUUCGUCUGAGACUAAAGCGCAAAUCCUCGGUAACGCCAACCAUACUACCACGUCUGAUGCUUCGACUGCCGGCAAGGCUGCUGGCAAUGGUGCCAAAGAGGGAGGGAAGGGAGCGAGUGAACAUGCGGGUGGAUCGAGCAAGGAGGAGCAGGGUGUUGCUGCUGCGGUUGAGAAAGGAGGUGAUGAAGGGUGGGGUGAGGAGGUGAAGGAUUUGGAGAGGAGGAUUGGUGCGGGUGGUGGGCAACAUUAA